AUGGCUCUGUCCUCCCAUCGACAUCCUCAGGGUGACAUAGCAUGGCAACUAAUGUCAACAGCACUCGUAUGGCUGAUGAUACCAGGUGUUGGUCUCUUCUACGCCGGUCUGACGCGUCGAAAGAAUGCAUUACAACUUCUUCUCAUGUCACUCAUCGGCAUUGCUGUAGUAUCCAUCGAGUGGAUCUGUAUGGGUUACUCACUCGUUUUCGGUCCGUCACACGGGGGCUACAUCGGUGACUUACAAUCAUUUGGAGGUUUCACAAACCUUUUAGACCAAGACAUGUCUAACCUUCCUAUCUUGGUGCACGCAUGGUAUCAAGGCACAUUCGCAUGUAUAACCGUUGUUAUCGCAAUGGGAGCACUUGCAGAACGUGGUAGACUCUUGCCUUCAAUGAUUUUCAUGCUUUGCUGGACAAUAAUCGUCUACAAUCCAAUAGCGCACUGGACCUGGAAUGAGAACGGUUGGUUGGCCGUCUUGGGCUCUCUUGAUUUCGCCGGUGGCUCGCCAGUCCACAUCAAUGCAGGUACAGCUGCAUUAGCCAUCUCCUUUUUCCUCGGCAAAAGAAGAGGACACGGUACUCUCCAGCUCGCAUACAGACCACACUCACCUGUGCUCGUCUUCCUCGGUACUGUCUUCCUUUGGAUCGGUUGGUUUGGUUUCAACGGUGGAUCCGCCUUCGGAGCGAACAUGAGAGCUGCCCAAGCAUGCAUAGUCACCAACUUAUCUGCUUCAGUCGGUGGUAUCACAUGGAUGUUCUUGGAUUGGCGCUUAGAAAAGAAGAUCUCAGCAGUUGGUUUCUGUUCCGGUGCCAUUGCUGGUUUGGUUUGCAUUACACCAGGAAGUGGAUACGUCUCUACACCAAGUGCAUUCGCUAUUGGUUUCAUUGGUGCAGUUGCUGCCAACUUUGGUACUAAAGUUAAGGAUCUCUUGCACUUGGAUGAAAGUCUUGAUAUAUUCGCAAGUCACGGAAUAGCUGGUAUUUGCGGUAACAUCCUCACGGCUCUCUUCGCAGAACAAGGGGUUACGAACUUAGACGGUUUGAACAGUGAUGCUGAAGGUGGAUGGAUCAAUCACAACUAUAUUCUCUUAGGAUAUCAAUUAGCUGAUACCGUCACCGUUCUUGCAUAUUCCUUUGUUUUGACGUACACUCUCCUUUUCCUCAUCAAUCUCAUCCCAGGAUGUAAAUUCAGAGCAAGCGAGGAAGAUGAGAUUAUUGGUAUGGAUUUAGCUGAAUUGGGUGAACCUGAAUCAGAUUUAUACGAUAUUCUCCAUGCAGAAGUUCCAACCAUUACCCAAAAUCAAGCUUCUUCGCAAGUGGGGAUUCACUCAACGCAAGCUUCUGAAAAAGCACAAGAAAGUGCCUAA